AUGCCUGUUUUCCAAGAAACCUCUAGCUCGGCGAGGGAUCUUAGGAUCUUGCCUUCGCGAGCGCUGCCUUUGCCUAGACUUUCUCAAAAGCCUGACUUGGCGAGUACUGAUGAGGAACGACGGGAAGUUGUUGUGAUAGGCGCUGGACCUAGUGGCUUGUUUCUCACUUUACUUCUAGCAAGAUAUGGUCUUAGAGACUCUUCACUCCUCUGCCUAGACUCCAAGCCAGGUACUUUGAAAGCAGGUCAAGCAGACGGCCUCCAACCACGAACCCUCGAAGUAUUCCAAAGCCUAGGAAUAGCAAGCGAAAUCAUCAGCGAAGGAUGUCACAUGGAAGAAGUCGCAUUCUGGAACCCAUCCAGCAACAGUGGCAUUGAGCGAACAAGCUUCACACCAGACGUCAACGUCCCUGCUCGCUUUCCAUUCGAAGUAACAAUCCAUCAAGGCCGGAUCGAACGUAUUCUUGAGGAGAAUCUUCGUCUUUACGCGGGUGAUGAGACUAUUCGGAGAUCACACCGCUUUUUGGAAUACACGGUCGACGAGAACGAUUCUGAAUUUCCCAUCGUCGUUAAGUACGAGCGCGAUCUCCCUGAUGGUUCGACUCACCAGAGAACUGUUCGAACAAAAUAUCUCAUAGGUGCAGACGGCGCCCGCUCAAAAGUGCGACAAUGCAUGGGCCUCAGCCUUGAGGGCGAGACGAGCGAUCAUAUCUGGGGCGUCUGCGACUUUGUAGCCGACACAAAUUUUCCCGAUAUUCGAAAGCGCUCAGCAGUUCAUUCAGAUGCGGGAUCUGUGAUGAUUAUCCCCCGCGAACAGAUCGCCACGGGCGAAUAUCUCACGCGAUUAUACGUCCAAGUGCCUGGUGAAGUUGAAGUGACACAGGAUGCAGGUACUGAUAAGAAGUCUUCGGAUAAGAAGAGACGAGGUGCUGUUACGCUGGAGUAUAUCUUUGAGCAGGCGAGGGCUGUGUUUGCGCCUUAUGAAAUUGGUAUUAAGGAGGGGACUGAGCCUGAUUGGUGGGCUGCUUAUCAGAUUGGGCAGCGAAUGGCGCCGAGUUUCUCUAAGCGGAUGUCUGAUGGUUUGGAAAGGGUCUUUAUCGUUGGUGAUGCGUGUCACACUCACAGCCCCAAAGCUGGUCAGGGAAUGAACGUGUCAAUGAUGGACUCAUACAACCUAGCCUGGAAGCUCAUCCACAGCCUCCACGGUCUUACCCCACCUGGUCCAUCAGACCCCGUCCUCGAAACCUUUACACCAGAACGCAUGGACGUUGCUCGUCAGCUCAUUGAGUUCGAUACCAAGUUCUCGCACAUGUUCUCCGGUCGCAUUGGUUCAGACGAUGCUUCAACAUCCGGUUUAACGCACGAAGAAUUCCUUCGCGUGUUCAGUGAGGGAAGUGGAUUUACUAGUGGCUGUGGAUUGCAGUAUAAGUCCAGCAGUCUGGUACAAGAUUCGGACGACAAGAGUUUGUUCAGAGGAGAUCCCUUGACUGGUGCUUUGACGCCGGGAAGAAGACUUCUUGACGUUGAGGUGAAGCGAUAUGCAGACGCGACACACCGUCACCUACAGGAUGAAAUGCCACCCACCGGUCGCUACUACUUGACCGUCUUCACAAGCACCGACUUACUCGAUAAAUCUGGCUCAUCCCAGUCAGCUCUUCAAUCCGCCAUUGAAACAAUUAGCAAAUUCCCAGAGGGAGCGAUCAACCUUGUAGUCCUUCACCCACUGACCACACGCUUCGAGUGGACUAAUCUCCCCGCGGGUGUCAAGAAACUCGCUGAGAUGAGAGUGUAUGGUAUGGCUAGGAAGGAAGAUGCAUAUGAUGUACUUGGUGUGUCGAAGAAUGAGGGAGUUAUCGCUGUCGUGAGACCUGAUGGUUAUGUUGGAAUGUUGGCGCCGUUGGUGAAGGCUGGCUUGGUGGAGGAUUAUCUCCGUGGGUGCUUGGCUACUAUUUAA